CCCAAAGGGUUUGCCAGACAAAACCCAUCAGGGCAUAUAAACCAGCUUCAAACAGGAAACACUAAAUGAAAAGAUCUCUGCUACACCUUAACAUCUCUCUCCAAGCCUUUUAACAAGUUCAAGGAACGUUACUGAAGGAGCUCUGAUCACCAUGGCAAAGUGUGUAGCUGUGAUCCUGGCUGGCUGUGGGGUGUACGAUGGGAGUGAGAUCUAUGAGUCAUCAGCAGUUAUGAUCCACCUCAGCAGAGCCAAUGUGAAGGUUAACGCCUAUGCCCCCGAUGUGGAUCAGAUGCAUGUGGUGAACCACAUAAAGGGGGAGCCGACGGAGGAGUCGCGUAACGUGUUGACAGAGAGCGCCCGUAUUGUCCGCGGAAACAUCCAGGACCUGGCCACACUGAAACUCGCCGACAACGAUGCUCUCAUCAUCCCUGGUGGGUUCGGUGUAGCCAAGAACCUGUGCACAUGGGCGACGCAGGGGAAGGACUGCGAGGUGAACCCGGCUGUGGAGAAAGCCAUCAAGGAUUUCCACAAAGCUGGCAAACCCCUGGGGCUGUGCUGCAUCUCCCCUGUCCUGGCAGCCAAGAUCCUGCCUGGCUGUGAGCUCACUGUGGGCCAUGACGAGGAGUGUGAAAUGUGGCCCAAUGCAAAUACAGCCAACGUGAUGAAGGAGCUUGGCUGCAAACACGUUAACAAGCACGUAAAAGAGGCUCACGUGGAUGCUAAAAACAAGAUAGUGACCACCAGCGCUUUCAUGUGCAACGCCCCAGUGCACGAGAUCUUUGAUGGGAUCGGGGUCAUGGUUGAAGAGGUGCUGAAACUGGCCUAGGUGGACCAAAAGGGGGGAUCCUUGUGUCUGGGGGUGCAGAGAUACCAUGCAACUGUCUGGAGAGAGAUGUAGCAUAGCUACAGUAGCAUAGUAUUAAACUACAGGGUCAUUACAAGGCUUUUGAAACUAUUGUUUAGUGGCUUUAGGUGGUCCUACAGUAUAUGUUCAUGUUAGUUUCACUGUUAGUUAUCCUGCUUCUUAUUCAGUGUGUGUAUAUAACAGAACAACAUCCGUGUGUUUCAAUAAAUAACUAGACAAAGAGAAGGAGAUGUGAUACUUUUUAUUGGACUACCUAAAUGACAAUUAAUCACUAGCUUUCAAGACCUCAAAUGUCUCUUCAGAGAGAUUGAUGCUUACAUAUUUAUAAAACUGUAUCACAUCUCCUCUUUGUCUAUCAUCUCUGGACUGAUGCUGCUACCAUUUCAUCUGUCAAUAAACAAAUAAAAAGAAACCGAAAACU